GGGACGCGAGAAGUCCGUAGCGAGUUUUUUUUUUUACUGUUUUUAUUUCUUAUUUACGGAAUAAAAGUGAGUGUCAGGACAGAGUCUUUCCUUUAAAUAAACCGUGUUUAAAAACCCUUUUCCUCUGUGAUGGAGAUGGAGAGAGCUGAGAAAAGGGAGGAUGAAGGUAGAAGAGAGUCUCCACACGAUGAAGAGGAACCUGAGGAACCAGGAGAUGGUGCAGAGGUUCCUUCUGACAUCAGCACGUCUCAGCAGGUCCGAGCUGAUGAGGAUCCAGAGGGAAAAUACUCAGAGAGCAGCGCUGACAUCUCAUACACUCUCAGCACCACAGCCAGCGGCAUCACACACAUACGCUCAGACCAGGGCAGUGGAACUGUACCAGAUCCUCCACCAUCGUCUCUCCGCCUCACUCUGGCCUACAACUCCACCGCAGCGUUCACAGACAGCAAGGAGGAGAAGACGAGACUCAGACGUGAUGAUGACACUGUUGUUCUUGAUGAUGAUAAUGGCGAAGAUGAUGAUGAUGAUGAAGAUGAGCUCAUCAUCUUGGAUCCUGAGCACUCUCUGAUAAAGAGAUUUCAGUCGGAUUUGAAGAAGCAGCUCUGUGCUCAGCUGGAGAGACUGAACCUGGAGAUACAGGAGAAGAUGAUGGAGGAACAGCUGGAGAACACCAAGCUUGAGGAGGUCGGUGUCGCUCUCUACAAAGAACAGCAGGAGCUGGCCAGAGAGCAGGCAUAUCUGGAGGAUUGGCACCAGAGGAGAGAUAUGGCCUUCAGAGACCGGAGACAGGCUGAGGAAGAGCUGGAGGAGGUCAGGAAGGAGCACAGCAGCUUAACUGAACUGGUCAAACAAGAACACACACAGGUGUCAGUGCUGCAGUCUGAGGAGGAGCGUGUCACUCGCCGUCUGCGCUACAUGGAGAAAUUGACCUCAGACAUGCGGUCAGACGUCACUGCCCUGAAGAACACCAAGGCCAAGGCUCAGGCUGAGAGGAGACACGCGGAGGAGCAGAAACUCCAACAGGACCUGUAUGUGGAGCGUCUGAUGAAGCAGGAGGAGAAGCUGAAGGAGCAGAUCGCUCUGUAUGAGGCACAGACGCUUGCGCAGACCAAAGAGAAGCAAGCGGUCAGAGACGUCUUAGCCGAGGCUCAGUUGGAGUUAGACUCUAUGAUGGUGGAGAGGAAGCAGCUCCUCCAGCAGUGGAACAGCAGCAUGGUCGAGAUGAAGAGGAGGGACGAGGCUUACUCCAUGGUGCAGGAAAUGCUGAGGUCAGCCAAUCAGGAGCUGCGUGCUCUGGACACAGAGUUGGAGGGAUGCAGGCGGGCCAUCACACAGGAGCAGGAGAAGAACGAGGCGCUGACCGUGCAGAGGAAACGCACUGAGCUCAACUGCAACACCUACAAGAAGCUUCUCACACAAACAUCCACACAGCAGGAGGAGCUGCAGAACCUCUACACUACACACACACGCACGCUGCAGGAGACUGAGAAGAACCUGAACAGAGUGACAAGCGAGAGCAACGCACGUCAGUCAGAUCUCACCAUCCUGAAGAAGCAGCUGGAGAAGGCGGCAUCUGUGAAGGUGGAGCUGGAGGAGAAGAUCAUGAGGAAGAUGCAGGAGCAGCUCACACACAACAGCACUGCCAAACGCAAACACCAUCUCACCACCAAGACCAUGACUCUGCAGAGAGAGAAGGAAGCCCAGCUUGUGAAGGUUGAGAGUGAGUUAGCUGCAGUGGAGCUGGAGGUCAGUGAGACGGGGCAGCGUGUCCAGGCGCUCUCUUACCUGAAGCUGGAGCUGGAACAGGAAGUGAUGAAACAGAACCAGCUGCUUUCCACCAAGGAGGCGGCAGUGGCUAAACUCAUCACCACCGUCGAGCGCAAACAGGCCACCAUGAACAUGUAUAACAAGAAGAUCGAGCAGAUCAGGGCGAGCACUGGGCAUAAAGACCUGGGUCCUCUGGAGGUCAAGGUGAAAACUCUGAACACACAGCUGGAGCAGCUGGAGGCCGAGAUUAAGGAGCAGCAGCAGUUAUGGCUGAGGCAGCAGGGGGAGCUAGUGAGACUGAACCAAAAGAAACAAGCGCAAAGCAGCGCAACGCUAUUGCUAAAGAGUCAGCUGAGCAUCAUGCAGCAGAAGAACCUCCGCACCAAGAGAGAGAUUGAGCAGGAGGAACGUGGUCUGGUUGAGCUGGAGAGACACUUUAAAGCUCUGAGGUUAGACAUGGAGAAGCUGAACUUACUCCUGAACCAGAACACACAACUGAAACAGGAGCUGGAGCAGAGCAACAUCCUGAUGGAGAACAGCUUCAUACACACACUCAAGGAUGCAGAGAGAGAGUCUGUAGAGAAACAGAUGUGUCUAGAGAAACUCCAGGAGGAACAAGAGCGAUUACUGAACAGCUUGGUGGAGGCAGAGCGGCAGAUCAUGUUGUGGGAGAGAAAAAUUCAGCUGGCACGUGAGACUCGCUUGGCCGUGGAUUCGGAGGUUGGAAAGGAAGACAUAAACACCAUGAAAGCUGAGAUACACCGCAUGGAGAAUCAUUACAGCCAGCUGAUGAAGCAGCGGGAGAAGAUGCUGAGGGAGAUGGAGGCGGCAGUCGUUCGGCGUGAAAGCAUUGUGGCCCUCCACGAGUCUCAGUCACGCAGCAACCGCAAACAAACAACACACACUGACCUCCAGCACACACUGAAGAACCUCCGCCGCAGCAUCCUCCAGGCACACAAGCAAGCGGAGGAGUAUGAUGGUGUGAUAGCGCUGCUGCAACUGGAGCAGUUUUCUCUCACUGAGAGUCUGAGAGAGAGGAAGAUGCAGAUCACUGACCUGAAAAACACUAGCUCCGCCCUUCAGGAUGAACUCAAGAACAUGCAGGAGACCAAAGAAAGAAACCUGAUCCAGCUGAUGGCUCUGCAGUCUCGGGUGAAGCAGCUGCAGGCGGUGAAGGAGGGUCGCUACAGAGCUACGGCCAGAGGAGAAGACAAGCUGCAGCUCACCACCAACACGCUGCAGGAACACCUGCACUCGAUCAGAGAUGUUCUUCAGCGGGUGGUCCAGGAUGUUCCUCAGCACAAGCCACUGUUCCACAGGAUCCUUCUCCUCCUCUCCGUACACACACCCUCAGACCUGGACAGAACCUGAGGCUCGUCUUCGUGUGUGUGUGUCUGUGUGUUUGUGUUUGUAAUA